AUGGCUGAUUCUUUCACCCUUCCCCUGCGCCCACUCCGGGAGCAGAACGACCGUCCAGACACCCUCCCUGUCGAGAUCUCCCAGAUCAACAAGCAGUGGGGUUCUUUUCGAGAUGUGAAUGAGGAGGUUCUUAGAGCCAAGAUCGCCGAAGAAGAGAAGCGCAAUGGUGCGCUGCAGCAGGAGGAGGACGAGGACAGCGGCGGACAGGAGACUGGAGACAUUGAUAUGACCGAGCGCCGCGAGCAGCUGUUCAAGCGACGCAACGAUAUCACCCAGUUCGCAGUACAAUCACAUAUGGAAACCAUGUUCGCUCUUGAUUUCAUUUCGCUGUUGCUGUCGAAGCAUGCACCGCGCCAGGCCGAAACCUCCAUGUCUCCAUUCCUCAAACAAGUUGCGCCCCUCGGCUCCCUCGACUCCGAACUUGUCAAUCCUCCACCGAAGCCAGAAUCAGCUAUGAAGGACAUUGCGACUGUCUCAAGAGGAUGGAGGAUUCAGAACUUCAAUUCCGCCUCGAGUAAGCUAUUGAGCGCCGCCACCAGACUCGAAGGUGAAAUCAAAUCGGAGACCCGAUACUGGAAUGAAGUGCUAGCUAUCAAAGAUAAAGGAUGGAAAGUUUGCAGGCUUCCGCGGGAGAAACAAGCAUUGGGUGUGCAGUAUGGAUUUAUAGAAGCUACACCUGUGUUUCGUGAUCGCGGGCUGGCUUCACUUCGACGAGCUCAUGAUGGGAGUUUAAUUCUGGACAAAGGACUGAUACCGUCGGGAGCCCGACAUGUUCGGGUCCGCGUACGACAAGGAUCCCAAAUCUUUGAGAGCUUCAAGCCACAUAGAACUGGAUCCAACGAUGCAGAAUCUAUCGAGCAUCGUAUUCUCCAAGCGCGAGAUUCCGUUUUCGAGGAAGAGCUCUUUCACGAAUUGGUUCGAGAGGCCAGGGCUAUGGCAAGUUUUGGCGUGACUACGCGACAAGACCUGAUCCGAAUUCCCGCCUUUGAUGACGUGGAACUCUUGCUAGAUAUUGUGGAGGCCGAUACGGAUAGCAUCCCUACUGAGCAGAACUCUGCGCAUGAUGACAGUCAACUGGCAGAUGGACUGGCACAUUCAAUCCGUAUUCUACUGGCAUUUGCUCAUCGACAAAAUUUGCGCCGACGAACCCAAGUCCCACGUCCAUUAACCACGAACAAACGCUUGACACCCGAGUAUCAUCUCCUUCGCCCCGCCCUGGCUUACCUGCAACAUUUGUCGCAUGUAAGGUGGCUAGAAUCUUUUUUCCAUGACAUCUUCUCUGUCUUGCGAUCUUCCGGCUUGGAAAUGCCUGAGUGGACUUCGAACACAUUCGCCAGCUGGAAGGUGGCACAAAAUCCAUCCUCCCUGGUUACACUCGAAGCGCUUGUCGAGAAGUUCCUCCGGCCGAUCGAGUCUGUUUUCAACGGCAGUCUUCUCACAUCUCCCGGCUCGUUCGCCGUCACGAUUCGAACCAACUUGUCAUCACCGCCCUUUGGCACCAACUACGAUGUAUCGUUGAAACUGUCAACGAUUUCAGAUCUCAAGUCCCCCGGCCGCCUUGGCUUGAAGGACGAGGUCGAAGCGGCCAUCUCACACCUCUUGCUCCUUGAUGUGGUCUCAAGCAUUUCAUCGAAGGAGCUACCAGCUGGCCAAAAUGGCCCCGAAGAGGAUAUCUCAAAGAAUCGAAGAUGGAAUCCAGUGUAUCCCCACCUAGGCGAGUUACUGCUGCCCCAUGUCAAUCCCGAAAAACACAAGAAGAUGAAGAUCACUCUUUCUCGCCAUGAACUAUCCCUUACCACCUACAUUGUACGCAGCAUCGAUGGGAUUGGCCGGGGCACCCGGGAACAACGGUCACACAAUGCGGAGGCGCAUACCUGCAAAUUCCCCAAGCCGCCCGUGGGCACCCCCGGUGCUCAAGAGCAUUCUUCGAUCAUGGACUUUGUUGUUGCAGAGGCAUCCGAUGCCCAUUCGUGA